AUGGAUAUUCUCAACGAUGAUUGCCAACUGCUCAUAAUAAAGUAUUUGAAAUUGAAAGAUCAAUUAUCGUUAUUUGAGGCAACCAAAGGAGAACGAUCAAAUCGUUUAAACUCGAAUCUGCGCUUCACCUGGCAACAUCAGCUGGGAUUUACUUUGGAUAUGGGCCAGUUUAAAGUCUUUGACGAGAAACCAGAACUGUUGAAUGAUUUCCUGUCCAUCAUUAGUCCAAAGGUGCAACAAUUGGCUCUAUGGGGCAUCACAACCAAGAGACUACAAAGUUGGACACACUACAAGUUUCCGGAAAUGAGAUCACUGGAUUACGUUCUGAGUACCGAUUUGAUGAAACACGACCCCUAUACAGAUUGUAACGACGAAUACUCCUAUUUUAAGGAACCGGACGUUAAACUAGUUAUACAAUUAAUUGCACAGCUAUUUCCAGAACUGAACACCCUCAAUCCUGAUAGUCCAUUUGAUUUGAUCCACUUGACAAAUUGGAUGGAUUUGCGCAAACUGGACUUGGGCCAAUGUCGUACCAUUUCCCGAACAGAUGAGCUUGGCAAAAUAUCCGAAGAAAAGUCCGCUACCAAUGAGGAAACUUUAUAA